UACACCUGGCGGGGAGCGCGAGCCCAACGCCCGCAAGCUGCUGACUGUUCCUGGGCUGCGAAGGCCGCCCUUCCCCCCGAGGACGCGUGGGAGGGGUCUUAUUUGCAUAACGGCCUCCCCUCGCUUCUCGUGCAGGAGGGAGUCCCGCCCCCCCUCCUACUGGAAGUCUGUUGGGCUGCAGGCGGGUCACUCCGACCCAGGCAAUCCUGUGGCGGGCGGUCCCGGGAGCGGAUUGGCUCUGAGAGUUUCCAGAAGGCGGCAGAGAGGCGACUAUAAGAGCGGGCAGCCGAGCCGGGGGGAGCGAGAGACGCUGGUUGCGCUCGUGGUGUGUGGUGCAAGCGACCGUUAGCUGAGGCCGCGGAUUUUCUGUGCCAGGUGUUCUCGUCUAACGUCGCUUGCUCGUCUUUCAGUCAGGAUGUCUGCCCGCGGCCCGGCUAUCGGCAUCGACCUGGGCACUACCUACUCGUGCGUGGGGGUCUUCCAACAUGGCAAGGUGGAGAUCAUCGCCAACGACCAGGGCAACCGCACCACCCCCAGCUACGUGGCCUUCACCGACACCGAGCGCCUCAUCGGCGACGCCGCCAAGAACCAGGUGGCCAUGAACCCCACGAACACCAUCUUCGACGCCAAGAGGCUGAUCGGACGGAAGUUCGAGGACGCCACAGUGCAAUCGGACAUGAAACACUGGCCAUUCCGGGUGGUGAGCGAGGGAGGGAAGCCCAAAGUGCAGGUGGAGUACAAGGGAGAGAUCAAGACCUUCUUCCCGGAGGAGAUCUCUUCCAUGGUCCUCACUAAGAUGAAGGAGAUCGCCGAAGCCUACCUGGGGGGCAAGGUGCAGAGCGCGGUCAUCACCGUCCCCGCCUAUUUCAAUGACUCUCAGCGCCAGGCCACCAAGGACGCGGGCACCAUCACGGGCCUUAAUGUGCUGCGCAUCAUCAACGAGCCAGCGGCAGCCAUCGCCUACGGCCUGGACAAGAAGGGCUGCGCGGGCGGCGAGAAGAACGUGCUCAUUUUCGACCUGGGCGGCGGCACUUUCGACGUGUCCAUCCUGACCAUCGAGGACGGCAUCUUCGAGGUGAAGUCCACGGCUGGCGACACCCACCUGGGCGGCGAGGACUUCGAUAACCGCAUGGUGAGCCACUUGGCCGAGGAGUUCAAACGCAAGCACAAGAAGGACAUUGGGCCCAACAAGCGCGCGGUGCGGCGACUCCGCACCGCCUGCGAGCGCGCUAAGCGCACCCUGAGCUCGUCCACACAGGCGAGCAUCGAGAUCGACUCGCUCUACGAGGGCGUGGACUUCUACACGUCCAUCACCCGGGCCCGCUUUGAGGAGCUCAACGCAGACCUGUUUCGCGGGACCCUCGAGCCGGUGGAGAAGGCGCUGCGCGACGCCAAGCUGGACAAGGGCCAGAUCCAGGAGAUCGUGCUGGUGGGCGGCUCCACUCGCAUCCCCAAGAUCCAGAAGCUGCUGCAGGAUUUCUUCAACGGCAAGGAGCUGAACAAGAGCAUCAACCCUGACGAGGCGGUGGCCUACGGAGCCGCUGUGCAGGCAGCGAUCCUGAUCGGGGACAAGUCCGAGAACGUGCAGGACCUGCUGCUACUCGACGUGACCCCGCUCUCGCUGGGCAUCGAGACGGCUGGCGGCGUCAUGACUCCACUCAUCAAAAGGAACACCACGAUCCCCACGAAGCAGACGCAGACCUUCACCACCUACUCAGACAACCAGAGCAGCGUGCUGGUGCAGGUGUACGAGGGCGAACGGGCCAUGACAAAGGACAAUAACCUGCUGGGCAAGUUCGACCUGACCGGGAUUCCCCCGGCGCCCCGCGGGGUCCCCCAGAUUGAGGUCACCUUCGACAUCGAUGCCAAUGGCAUCCUCAACGUCACCGCCGCCGACAAGAGCACCGGUAAAGAAAACAAAAUCACCAUCACCAACGACAAAGGUCGUCUAAGCAAGGACGACAUUGACCGGAUGGUGCAGGAGGCUGAGCGGUACAAGUCGGAAGAUGAGGCCAAUCGCGACCGGGUAGCCGCCAAAAACGCCGUGGAGUCCUAUACCUACAACAUCAAGCAGACGGUGGAAGACGAGAAACUGAGGGGCAAGAUUAGCGAGCAGGACAAAAACAAGAUCCUCGACAAGUGUCAGGAGGUGAUCAACUGGCUCGACCGAAACCAGAUGGCGGAGAAAGAUGAGUAUGAACACAAGCAGAAAGAGCUCGAAAGAGUGUGCAACCCCAUCAUCAGCAAACUUUACCAAGGCGGCCCUGGCGGUGGCGGCGGUACUGGAGCCUCCGGGGGACCGACCAUCGAGGAAGUGGACUAAACUUGCAGUCAGUUAGCGUAAACCUCUUUUCCUUUCUAUUUUCUUCUUCCUUUUGUUUUUGUUUCUUCUUUGAAAUGUCCUUGUGCCAAGUAUGGGGUCUGUUUUGGAAGUCUUUAGCCCGGUGCAUGCAUAUGAAAGGAAAGGUGCAACAACUUAGUUUAAUUAUAAAAGGUUAGUUCUCAAGUUUGAUUUUUAAAAACAUUAUUUGAGGUUUCUCUUUAAUGAAUUUUGUGUGUUUGCUGACUUGAAGGUUUUUGGUUAGCUUAGUUUGGGAAUGGAGAUUUGUUUGAGAUGGGAAACCUGAAGUUUGCACACAUGUUCUGUGGAAGCUUGGUAACAAUAAAAUAUAUAAAAGCUUGAAUUGUUAUUUUUAUGUACUACUUUGAGGGAAGUGAACAUGGUAGUAAUGUUAAAGACAGGCAUACUUUUGCAAACAAAUGCAUAAAUACAAAUUUUAAAGUAAAGGUGAAAUUGAUCUCAAAA